ACCUUUUAUAGGGUUAGGGUUGGUGUUCCCACACGGCCACAUCUCCAUGUUACAGCGUGUGUUUACGGAAGAUAAAAGGCCGUGCUAAUUAGCUAUCUAGCAUGCUCUGAAUACCUGUGUGUAACUGAAGAAGUCCGCCAGAAACGUGUUGUCGUUGAAAAAUACUGUCACUGUAACUGUGAUUAAAGCCGGUUAAACCAGUGUAUAUUUUGCAUUUGCGAAAUUAUUUUGGUGUGAUAUGAUAGUAAAGGGCUUUAUGUUUCUAGAACAGAAUCGCAAUUUGAGCAUCGAUUCACGUUUAGAUGGAGUAUUUGGCUGUCAGAGCCAGUCUAUCUCUGAAAAUAACAUAUACAGUCCUUGGACCUUAGGGAGUAAUGGUAAGCUCCGUUAGAGUAGUUAUUGGGCUAAACUGAACUUAUACCCAGUCUCUUGUUAUUCGUGUAAUAAUACAUUGACGCAUUGUUUUAUUAGGUAUAUUGUUUGAUGGCUGUUUUAAUUUGUCUAUUUUGUCCAAAGUUAAUAAAUGAGCGAUAUGGUAUCAUGAACCUCGAGAUAAGGAAAGAGGCAUGAUAUGAACUCGUGUGACCUGUUGCACUCUGGCAGACGUGGACAUUACAUGUGAAUUGCUAAACAUUAAUCAGCAUAGGCUGUCAACAACAAUAACCUUGCUCUUACAAUUUAGCAUUUAUUCUUCAUCUUUCAUUAUAAAGUUAGAAAUCUCGACAGACCAUUAUCCCAGAGCCAUGUUUAGGGAAAAUGCAACUCGGGCAAAUUCAAAUAAAAUGAUAUAAAAAUCAAGCUUUCAUUAAAUCACAUGUAAGAUACUAAAUUAAAGCUACACUUGUGAAUCCAGCCAACAUGUCAGAUUUUAAAAAGGCUUUUCAGCGAAAGCAUAAGAAGCUAGUAUCUGAUGAUAGCACAACAGUAAAUAAAGAGGGUAGCAUAUUUCAACCCUGCAGGCGCUACACAAAACGUUGACGAGCUUCUUUUGUUGGCACUCCAAUAUGUCCCAUAAACGUCACAAUUGGUCCUUUUGUUCGAUUAAUUCCGUCCAUAUAUAUCCAAAAUGUCAAUUUAUUUGGCGCGCAGAAAAAAACAGGUUCCAAAUUGCGCAAUGUCACUACAAAAUAUUUCAAAAGUUGCCUGUAAACUUUGCAAACUACUUUUGUAAUACAACUUUAGGUAUUUUUAAACGUUAAUAAUCGAUCAAAUUGAAGACAGGUCUAUCUAUGUUCAAUACAGGAAGACAACAAACCAAGCUACUUUUCAAGUCUUGCGCAACACUCAACCGUGUUACGCAGUUCCUAGAUGGCCAUACUUCUUCAUUGCACAAAGGAAUAACCUCAACCAAAUUCCAAAGACUGGUGACAUCCAGUGGUAGCAGUAGGAACUGAAAACAAGUUCCUAAGAAAUAUCGUUUCCCAAUGAGAACUCAAUGAACAGACAGAAACCAAAAAAAAAAAAAAUUCUGAACGGUUAGUCCCCGGAGUUUUGCCUGCUACAUAAGUUCUGUUAUACUCACAGACAUGAUUCAUAAAGUUUUUGAAACUUCAGAGUGUUUUCUAUCCAAAUCUACUAAUAAUAUGCAUAUCUUAUAUUCUUGGCAUUAGUAGCAGGAAGUCUAAAUUGGGCAUGCUAUUAUUUAUCCAAAAGUGAAAAUGCUGCCCCCUAUACCUUAAGAACUUUGUACACUUUAUACAAACUAAACUCAGAAAAAAAAGAAACGUAAACUGUUUAUUUUCAGCAAACUUAACAUGUGUAAAUAUUUGUAUGAACAUAAGAUUCAACAAUUGAGACAAACUGAACAAUUUCCACAGACAUGUGACCAACAGAAAUGGAAUAAUGUGUCCCUGAACAGGGGGGGGGUCAAAAUCAAAAGUAACAGUCAGUAUCUGGUGUGGCCACCAGCUGCAUUAAGUACUGCAGUGCAUCUCCUCCUCAUGGACUUCACCAGAUUUGCCAGUUCUUGCUGUGAGAUGUUACCCCACUCUUCCAACAAGACACCUGCAAGUUCCCAGACAUUUCUGAGGGGAAAUUGCCCUAGCCCUCACCCUCUGAUCCUAGCCCUCACCCUCUGGUUCCAGAUGUGCUCAUUGGGAUUGAGAUCCGGGCUCUUCGCUGGCCAUGGCAGAACACUGACAUUCCUGUCUUGCAGGAAAUCACGCACAGAACGAGCAGUAUGGCUAGUGGCAUUGUCAUGUCAGGAUGAGCCUGCAGGAAGGAUACCACAUGAGGGAGGAGGAUAUCUUCCCUGUCACGCAUACUGUUGAAAUUGCCUGCAAUGACAACAAGCUCUGUCCGAUGAUGCUGUGAGACACCGCCCCAGACCAUGACUGACCCUCCACCUCCAAAUCGAUCCCGCUCCAGAGUACAGGUCUCGGUGUAACGCUCAUUCCCUUGACGAUAAACGCAAAUCCGACCAUCACCCCUGGUGAGACAAAACCGUGACUCGUCAGUGAAGAGCACUUUUUGCUAGUCCUGUCUGGUAAGCCCUCAGUCCAGCCCCUCUCAGCCUAUUGCAGAGCACUGAUGGAGGGAUUGUGCGUUCCUGGUGUAACCUGGGCAGUUGUUGUUGCCAUCCUGUACCUGUCCCGCAGAUGUGAGGUUCGGAUGUACCGAUCCUGUGCAGGUGUUGUUACAUGUGGUCCGCCACUGUGAGGACGAUCAGCUGCCCAUCCUGUCUCCCUGUAGUGCUGUCUUAGGUUUCUCACAGUACGGACAUUGCAAUUUAUUGCCCUGGCCACAUCUGUAGUCCUCAUGCCUCCUUGCAGCAUGCCUAAGGCACGUUCUUUCUUUUGCUGUUUUUCAGAGUCAGUAGUGUCCUAAGUUUUCAUAACUGUGACCUUAAUUGCCUACCAUCUGUAAACUGUUUGUCUUAAAGACCUUCCACAUGUGCAUGUUCAUUAAUUAUUUAUGGUUUAUUGAACAAGCAUGGGAAACUGUGUUUAAAUUCUUUGCAAUGAAGAUCUGUGAAGUUAUUUGGAUUUUUACGAACUCUCUUUGGAAGACAGGGUACUGAAAAAGGGCCGUUUCUUUUUUUUGCUUCGUUUAGAAUGCAAAUGUUUUAUUAUGGAUUUUUGAAAAGGGGGGAAUUCAUCAACCAUUUCACAAUCCAUUCUCCAUUGUCUGUUCCAUACUCCAGGGGUAAUCCUAAAACUCGUGUCCUCAGCCAAACCGGUUUGGUACACAGUGGGGGUAAUCAGACAGUCUAGGUCACAACGGGUAAUCACACAGAUAUUUCUCUCUUCUCACACUCUUCAUAACACACGCUUCCCUCUCCGUUCUAUGCCCCUUUGUGCAGGCCGCUUCCUCUUUUUUAUCCCCAAGCACUCCCUGGCUUAAUCAUAACUGGCAUGCAGAUCAGUAGAAAUGCCCUGUGUGUGACGAUGCCGGAUGUGGAAGCAGAGAGCAGCACCCAGCCGGAGGCCAUGGAGGAGGAAGAGCCUCUCUUCAGUAACCUGGACCUCUUCCUCUUCACCCUCAUCGCCGGCCUCAUCAUCUACUGGUUCAUGUCCCGCAAGAAGGCCGAGCCCAUCCCCGAGUUCAAGCAGCUCGACCAACCAGCACCUUCUACUCGAGAGACUAGUUUUAUUGAGAAGAUGAAGAAAACAGGUAGGAACAUUGUGGUAUUCUACGGCUCUCAGACGGGCACGGGCGAGGAGUUUGCCAACCGGCUGUCCAAAGACGCGCAGCGCUACGGUAUGAAGGGUAUGGCAGCCGACCCCGAGGAAUACGACAUGUGUGAGCUGUCCCGUCUGGCUGAGAUUGACAACUCCCUGGCCAUCUUCUGCAUGGCCACGUACGGAGAGGGAGAUCCCACGGACAAUGCCCAGGACUUCUAUGACUGGCUGCAGGAGAGUGACGGGGAACUGAAUGGAGUCAACUACACCGUGUUUGCGUUGGGUAACAAGACAUAUGAACACUACAAUGCCAUGGGUGCGUAUGUGGACAAGAGGCUGGAGGAGUUGGGAGCCAAGAGGGUCUUCGACCUGGGCAUGGGAGAUGACGACGGCAACCUGGAGGAGGACUUUGUGACAUGGAGGGAGCAGUUCUGGCCAGCCAUGUGCGAGCACUUUGGAGUGGAGGCUUCAGGAGAGGACUCCAGCAUUCGUCAGUACGAGCUCAAGGAGCACAAUGACAUCAACAUGAACAAGGUCUACACAGGAGAGUUUGGGUGUCUGAAGAGCUUUGAGACCCAGAAACCGCCUUUUGAUGCAAAAAACCCCUUCCUGGCUCCAGUCAUUGUUAACCGCAAGCUCAACAAAGCAGGCAACAGGCAUCUCAUGCACCUUGAAGUCGACAUUACAGGCUCCAAGAUUAGAUAUGAGUCGGGAGACCACGUUGCCGUAUAUCCCACCAAUGACACAGCAAUCGUGAACAAGCUGGGACAGAUCCUUGGCGUGGACCUUGAUAUGGUUAUUUCUCUCAAUAACCUUGAUGAGGAGUCCAAUAAGAAGCACCCAUUCCCUUGCCCCACCACCUACCGUACGGCUCUGACCCACUACCUGGACAUCAUCCAUCCGCCUCGCACCAACGUCCUGUAUGAGCUGGCCCAGUACGCCACUGACCCCAAGGACCAGGAGAACAUGCGCAAGAUGGCCUCAUCUGCUCCCGAGGGCAAGGCUCUGUACCAGAGUUUUGUGCUGGAAGACAACAGGAACAUCCUGGCCAUCCUGGAGGAUCUGCCAUCCUUGCGGCCUCCCAUCGACCACUUGUGUGAGCUCAUGCCCCGCCUGCAGGCCCGCUACUACUCCAUUGCCUCCUCCUCCAAAGUCCACCCCAAUAGCAUCCACAUCUGUGCUGUGCUGGUGGAGUACACGACUAAAACGGGGCGCCUCACCAAGGGAGUGGCCACCACUUGGCUGAAGAACAAACUGGUUGUGGACAACGGCCACAAGUCCACAGUCCCCAUGUACAUCCGCAAGUCUCAGUUCCGCCUGCCCUUCAAGGCCAGCAACCCAGUCAUCAUGGUCGGUCCUGGGACCGGCAUCGCUCCCUUCAUGGGCUUCAUCCAGGAGCGAGGGUGGCUCAAAGAGCAAGGCAAGGAGGUGGGGGAGACGGUCUUGUACUUUGGCUGCAGGCACAAGAACGAAGACUAUCUGUACCAGGAGGAUUUGGAGGAGGCUGAAAAGACGGGUGUCAUCACGAAGCUCAACGUCGCUUUCUCUCGGGACCAAGAGCAAAAGGUGUACGUGCAGCAUCUCCUGAGGACCAACAAGGAGGACCUGUGGAGGCAGAUCCACACAGACAACGCACACAUAUACAUCUGCGGGGAUGCGCGGAACAUGGCCAGGGAUGUGCAGACAGCUUUCUAUGAGAUAGCAGAGGAGCUGGGCGGCAUGACACGCACUCAGGCCACCGACUACAUCAAGAAACUGAUGACCAAGGGACGUUACUCGCAGGACGUCUGGAGCUAAAACCCCUAGGAUGCAACCACAUCCUAUGUUUGUUUGUUUUUAAACUUGCAUUGUUAUUUGUGCCAGUUUGUGUCAGUAAUGGUUAUAAUGGGUCACCAACCCUGGUACUGGAGAGCUUCCGGGUGUGCCGGCUUUUGUUUCCGCCAAGCACUAAAAUGUCUGAUUCUAUUGAUUGGCUUAUCAUCAUGACCUUGAUUAGUUCAGAUGGGUGUGUUUGUGCCGUGCUGGAAUAAAAGCCUACACACCCUGUAGCUCUCUGGGACCAGGAUUUGUGACCACUGGGGAAGGAUAUCGCUGCUGUCAUCUCUGGUUGUUUUAUUUCCAUGGAGCAACACAAGCACUCUUGCACCACAAUAAUGGUUGGUUAUCCUCCAUUCUGAUUGGACAUUUUAUGUCAGUCGGCCAUCAGUUUGGCAGUGUCAAAUGUAGUAUCACAUUUGUCGACAUCGUGAGUGAGAUAAUAUAUUAUAGCUGUACAUAAUUGUACGGUGCAAAGUGGGGGGGUGGGCUUAUAUACAAAACUCAUACAGUGCAAGUCUUUUCUUUAGGAAGUUGACCUACCUAAUCUGGGUAUUAAAAGUGUAUUCAGAAUACAUUAUAAAUAUUUUUGAUUUGUGAAAUAAAAGGUGAGAUCUUUUUGUCUCCGAAAUCAGUAACUGAAAAUAUUAGUGUUUGUUUAGGGGUAUAUAGCCUUUUAUGCAAUGAGGAUGUUACUGUACAUUUCUAAUCAAUCACAGUAACCUUUAGCAAGGCAUGAAAAAAGUAUGUUGUAAAUAAGUAGUCAAUCCCUCUAUUGAGGAGAAAUGAUUAGCUUUUAUUUUCCACAAGACUGCCUUUGUUAAAUAUAAAUAUCAAUGAAAAUGAUUUUUAGGUUCCCUGUAGAAUUUGUAUACAUGAUGCAAAAAUAAAUUACCAAUUUUUUUCAUUUUACCUUUAUUUAACCAGGUAGGCCAGUUCUCAUUUACAACUGCCACCUGGCCAAGAUAAAGCAAAGCAGUGUGACAAAAACAACACAGUUACACAUAAACGUACAGUCAAUAACACAAUAGAAAAAUCUAUGUACUGUGUGUGCAAAUGUAGAAGAGUAAGGACGUAAGGCAAUAAAUAGGCCAUAGAGGUGAAAUAAUUACAGGUACAAUUUAUCACUAACACUGGAGUGAUUGAUGUGCAAGUAGAGAUACAAAAUAGCAAGAGGGUAAGUAAUAAUAUGGGGAUGAGGUAGUUGGGUGUGCAAUUUACAGAUUGGCUGUGUGCAGGUACAGUGAUCAGUAAGCUGCUCUGACAGCUGAUGUAUAAAGUUGGAGAGGGAGAUCAGCUUCAGUGAUUUUUGCAAUUCGUUCCAGUCAUUGGCAUUAGAGAACUGGAAGGAAAGGCGGCCAAAGGAAGUGUUGGCUUUGGGGAUGACCAGUGAAAUAUACCUGUUGGGACGCGUUCUAGGGGUGGGUGCUGCUAUGGUGACCAGUAAGCUGAGAUAAGGUGGGGCUUUACAAAGACUUAUAGAUGACCUGGAGCCAGUGGGUUUGGCGACGAAUAUGUAGUGGCCAGCCAACGAAAGCAUUACCAGUCGCAGUGAUGGGUAGUAUAUGGGGCUUUGGUGACAAAACAAAUGGCAAUGCAAUGCAAAUGGUUGACAUAGAAAAAACAAGUAAGCCUGAAAGGGGGGAUGAGUAAAUAAUAUGCAUAUCUCUACUUAAAUACUCAGCAUUAUCCAGUUUACGAUGAAACAAAAAUUGAACACGUAGUAGCAAGCAUUCAAAUAUACAUGUUUUUUUUUUAUCAUGCAAACCUAACACUGUGCCCUGAGAAUGUAGAUUUCUACAGCUAGUUGGCUUUGAGUGUCAACUUUGUUUCAUAUUCUUUGUACUAUUGCACACUAAUCAGUGUAAGUACUGGAUGAUAUAUCACACUUAUGUAUGGGUGUUAAAUGUGACGGAUGCUGCUCAAACUUGUCGAGAUUUAUUUUCUACCACCUCUUCAACUGUCUCCCAUUUUAAAUUUGGCAUCCUUUGUUCACUUCACUGACAUUUUUCAAAAAUAUUGGAGUGAAAACAUGUUCUGUGAAAAGAUUAAUUCCAUUCCUGUUACUUUUUUUGUCCACAUUCCAUUUGAUAAAGUAAUAUGUGUCUCAACUGAAUGAAUGUAACUUGGCAUGUCUUUUUAAAAUGAAUAAAACAUAUUGAAUAAAUAGUCAA